GUUGCACGUGGUGAGGGUGUUUGUGCCCUACAUCCAGAUGAGAAUGCGAGACGAAAUUGCCACCCUAACUGUCAAGACCAGGCUACACUUAAGUGCUAAAUUCUUCUUCGGCAAGCAUUCCGAACGGAUCGACAUCAUCACCGACGUGAGCGUAAAAACGGAACUCAGCUUCGGCAGCUUUUGGCUGGGAGUCGUCGACGUUUCGUUUAGGUCGUGCCAUGCUGAAUUCAAAGUUGCAAGGAUAAUCAGCUCUUCCCGCCUGCAAACGAUCAAGGCGAAGCCCAUUGUAAAAACUGUCCUCACAGCUUCACUGCCCAGGUUGCUCUGCGAAGCGCUGCAGCAGGCCAUUGGGAUCGUGAGGGUCGAUUUUCUCUCUACGGUAGAUGUGUUUCUCCACGUGGGUCCGGUGGCGUCCAUCCAAUCUCAGCUGGCCAGCAGGCCGGUGAUCUCGUCAGCUUACUACGUGUUCGAGUUAAAUAUGAUUCUUCGGACCAAAAACCACUUCUUCAUUGUUCCUUUCAGCAAAUCCCCCAUCCCACUGCCCUCCCUGCAGGAUAAUGCUUUCAGCCUAGGCAUAACUCAGGACAACCUGAAUGUCAUUUUAGGAGUCCUCAUUCAGAUCCCAGUGCAAGAGUUCAGCGGCACGCCAGAAGUGUUUUCUGGUGCCACGGAGCUGACGGCUGUUAUUGCAGGCCUCUUUUCACAUCAGAAGUGCCACAAGUGUCCUAUCCAACCUCCACUGAAAAUUGCCAUUACUUUAGUGGGAUCUAAGAAGAUCAUCCUGGAGCCCAGCCUGAUCAUCAUUCACCUUUCAGUCGAGAUCUCCUUCUCAGUGACGAGUCCUUCUGGAGCCCUCAACGGCCUCUUUGUUCUGAGGGCUAAUUUAGCACUAAGUACCCAGGCUGACGUUCAUGAUAACAAGCUGCAGUUCUCCUCGAAAGUGACCAGUAUGGAGCUGAUCCUGGUUUCUUCAGAAUUUGGGACGAUUGAA